AUGUUCCCUACGUUGAAUACAAUCUUUCUGAUACUGUCAGUAGUGGAAUUCAUAAUUGGAGCGUUGGGCAAUGCAUUCAUUGGACUGGUAAACUGCUCUGAAUGUACCAAGAAUCAAAAGAUCUCUUUAGUUAACUUCAUCCUCACCAGCUUGGCUAUCUCCAAUGUCAGUCACCUGUUGGUGGCUUUGUUGGACUCAUUUAUAAUGGGACUACCUCCAUGUUUAUUGCUCACUAACAAACUAGCAAAACCUGUGACUUUGCUUUGGAGAAUAACUAAUCACUUGAUUACCUGGCUUUCCACCUGCUUAAGCAUUUUCUACUUCCUUAAGAUAGCUCACUUCUCCCACUGCCUUUUCCUCUGGCUGAAGCGGAGAAUGAACAGAGUCAUUCCUGGGAUACUUGUAUUCUCUUCGGUCUUUCUGGUUUUUGACUUUCUACUGCUAGAAACAUUUAAUGAUCUUUUCCAGAAUACAGCAUCUGAAAGUAAUCUGACUUUAGAUAAAAAUCUCUAUUUUAAAACCCUGAGUCUCCUUAGCUUGACCUUUUUCUUUCCUGUUAUUCUGUCCCUGAUGUCAUUGCUUUUUUUGUUUCUGUCCUUGGUGAAACACACCAGAAAUUUGAAGCUUAAGUUUGUGUGCUCGAGGGACCUCAGCACACAGGCCCAUAAAACAGCCAUGAAAAUGGUGAUGUCAGUCUUCCUCCUCAUCAUGGUUCAUUUUUUUUCCGUACAAUUGGCAAAUUGGUUGUUAGUUGUGUACUCUGGCAACGAGUUCAUAAAGUUCCUCAUGUUAGCAGUAUAUGUCUUUCCCUCCGGCCACUCAUUUAUUUUGAUUCUGGGAAGCAACAAACUAAGACAGAGAGCCUUGAAGGUACUGAGGCAUCAAAAAGCUUUGAAAAAAGAAAAUCCAUUGCCUUUACAGAUACGCUUUCAAGAGUCUUUUCAAAGAUAA